CCUCCUUGUCAUGUCUGCACUCACAUGUCCUCUGCUUGCAAUGCGUGGAUGUUGUCUGGAGCCCGUCUGAAGAAUGCUGACUCUGCGGAUAGCUCUGGCCGCCUGUGUGCUCCUCAUCGCAGCAGCCACAGAAAACGAUUCCCCGUUUUCCCUCACCAACAAGGCCACCGGACAGUGUCUGGUGAGGCGACUGAACCGCUGCCUGGACCUGCGCUGGACCACUGGCAACCGGCUGAUGGUCACCUCAACCAAAAAAUGCCUGGGGGCUCAGGGUAAAAGCGUGGGCAGUGAGGUGAACCAGUACGACUGCGACGAGAAGACGUUCCUGCAACGCUGGGAAUGCAAGAACGGGACGCUGCUGGCCCUCAUAGGCCAGCCGCUCUACAUGCAGGUCAAAGCGGACGGGACCGUCGCUCUGUCCAAAACCAUCGGCCCCAACAACCAGAUCACCAUCACGGACACGUCCAGCGGCGCCUGCAGCAGGACGCACAGAGAACUGUACAGCAUCGGUGGAAACGCUUUUGGAAAGAUCUGCAUGUUCCCGUUUCUGUACAAAGACCGCUGGUUCGGAGAGUGCACCACGUUUGACGCCAAGACCAAACGCAGCUGGUGUGCGGUGGAGACCAAGUUCGAGCACGAGCAGUGGGGGUACUGCCCCAGCUCCUCCACAGAGCACUGGAGCAAAGACGUGGUGACAGGAACCUACUACCAGAUCAACCCGCAGGCGGCUCUGACCUGGGCGCAGGCCGACGCCAGCUGCAAACAGCAGGCCUCCUCCCUGCUCAGCAUCACCGACCCCGUCCAGCAGGCCGUGGUUUCAGCCCUUCUGGGUUCUGGCAGAAACAAACUGUGGAUCGGGCUGGUUCUGGACUCGGAACAUGGCUGGAAGUGGACCGAUGGGAAGCCGUUCCGGUACCUGAAAUGGGACAGUGGUUGA